AUGGAAAUGUUAAUGGAAAUAUUUAAUUAUUUUACAGCUGAUCAAAUUUAUUUCUCAUUUUCUCAAUUAAAUAAUUAUUUCAAUUUAAUUCUCAAAUCAUUACCAAAAUUAAUUCUUGUGAUACAUGAACAUUUAGAUCCUUUGGUUCUCUCUUUUUUUAAUUCAUUUAACAAAAUUCUCGUCAAAUUUUGUGAUUCACAUAUAAAUCGUUAUCGUUGUCGUUGUCAAUCUCAUUCGAUAAAUGGUGGUAAUCGUUUGUAUGAAAUUUAUCCGAUGAUAGAUCCAGGCUGGUAUUUGGAAUUCAAUAAAAAUCUAUUUUCUUAUGAUCCCAGCAAAAUCGACAAUAUUAUUCAUCCUGAUAAUUAUUCACGGCUGCAAUCAUUAGUUUUACCACAUGCUUCAUCUAAAUUGACACAAUUGAUAUUUAAUGGGGAGUUUCCUCGUUUAAAAUUUUGUCAUCUUGGUAUGUGCGAAUCAGUUAAUGUUUCAUUUUCGAUGACAACACAACUACAAAAUCUUCGUCAAUUAACAAUACGAGGACGACUACAAGGUCAUGUAUUAGAGAAGAUAUUAAUGGUUUGUCCUUGUUUAAUAUAUUUGGAUUUUUCGUGUGAUGAUUCUAUUCCUCCAUUUCAUUUCAUCAACUGUUGUUUUCCAUCGAUGAAAUAUCUUCGACUUGGUCGAUUUCAAAAAUUUUUCUUUCACAACGGACAAUUCGUUUUUCUUCUCUCACUCUUUCCAAAUCUUUUACAAUUUCAUUUAGUUGGCGAGCAAUGUCCUUAUAAUGUUGAAACAAUCAAUAUUCAAGAAAUUGCGAAUUAUUUACAUCGUCAAUGUCCAUUACUGAAAAUAUUAGUUUUAUGUAUUUUUAUGCAAGGACAUAUAAAUGAUUUUUUCGAUAGUUUUAAAAAAAUUACAGAAAUGCAUUCUCUUUUCAAUUAUGUCGAGAGAUGUGAGUGGCGUCUAACUAUUAGUUCACAUGAUUUCAUUCCGCAUUCUCAUUAUAUAUAUCGAUAUACUCGUCCUUCAUGUAGAUGAUUAUGUAUUCGUUUAUGACUAUUUCAUUUGUAUCUUGUAUUCUUCUCUUAUUCAAUUAAAAUAAACUUAGAAAACCAUUUGACGAUGGAUUUUUCCUGAAUAAAUUUAACGCCAUACUUUUAAAUAUACUGAUAUAUUUUAGAUCAGUAUUAGUGUAGUUCUAUUUGUUUUUGGGGUGUGGGUGUAUCGUGCUCAUACCCAAACUCACACCCAUCAAGAUUCACAUCCAUCCACACUCUCUCAUGAUAUACUUUAGUUGAAUCCAUGAAAGAUGCUCUCGCGACAUUUGCUCCCCAGCGGCACUUGCUCUCCUGAAAUAUUUGCUUUCCAAUAUUAACUGUCGAUCGGCAAGAUGAUCAUUAUUAAUAGAGUGUUAGUGUGAGCGUUAGUGUGGAUGUCAGUAUGGGUGUGUGUUAU